CUCCGCAGUCGCUUGUGACGCCUGGGGCUUUGGCCAUGGAUUUCUAGGGUCUUCCCCCUCAGUGGCGCGGUAAUUGGCUGCCUCGGUCGAGAGAUAUGCCACCAGUGCGAGGCCUUGAUCUCCCCGAGCUAAGCGAAGCAAGACAAUAUAUUGCACGGCAAAUACUUAUAUAGCCGAUAGGGAACCUACCGCAGACUGUUGGCAGCUGUUCCUCUAGCAACAUCACAAAGACCUACAAAGCGGAGCCCCAGACUGCUCAGCUGCUUCUCGUCUCAAUGGCAGACCAGCAAGGGAAGCGCGAUAACGAAAUGGUCGAGGCGGCCACGACCACCGAGGAGCAAAUGCCGGCUUCAAAAGGCGAGGUGCCGUUGAUGCGCUCCAAGGCGGACGAGCUUGGUGUUUGGCAGAGUGCGUUGAUAUUCAAGUGCGUGGGGCUCAUGGCCAUGACUGCAGCGUUCUGCGCGGCCCUUGAUGGCUAUCAAAUUAACCUCAAUGGCGGCAUUAUCGCCAACAAGGGAUUCAUCAAGCAGUUUAACCCCUCUAAGACCGCUGUCUUCGACGGCAAAUACGUAUCGGCGUGGGGUGGCAUUCAAUCUGCAGGCCAGUUCUUUGGCCAAGUUCUGCUUCAAUAUGCCACGGAAGGGCUGGGCCGUAAACCAGCACUUUUGAUUAUCUGGGUGGUUCUUGUAGCGAGUAUUUUUACCGAGUCAUUCGCCAGCGACUGGCAACACUGGCUAGUCGCAAAGCUCCUCUCCGGUAUGGGAGUUGGCAUGUUGCAAUCAACUAUGCCUCUCUAUCUAUCUGAAAUUGCUCCAACCCAGUUGAGAGGAUUCUUCAUCAAUGCAUACAGCUUGUGGUUCAUUGUAGGCCAACUGUUCGCGUCCGUGGCCCUCUACAGGCUCAAGGCCACGGAUCCGUUGAACUACAAGACUCCUAUUUAUACCCAGUGGGCGAUGGUUAUUCCUAUUGGUAUCGUCUUCGCUCUUCUCCCUGAAACACCCUGGUGGCUCGCUAGCAAAGGUAAACUCGAGAAGGCAAGGAAGGUUCUGCAACUAUGCAACGGUGGCGUCGAGGGCUACGAUAUCGAGGAACAGAUUGAAGUCAUGACCUCCACGGUCAGGAUAGAACGCCAAACUGCCGAACUAAACAAGGAGGUCGGGAGUUGGGCUAUCUUCCAAGGCCGGAAUCUCCUACGAUUCGUCAUCGCCGGAUGGCCGAAAAUUACCCAGCAGUUUGUCGGCUUAACCGUGUUUAAUACGUUCGCUGUGUACUUCUUCCAAUACGCCGGCAACAAGAACCCUUUCCUCGUUACUGUUAUCCUCUCCUGUGUGCAAUUGCUCUCAAUGAUUCUCACUUGCACGCUCACCGACUCCAUUGGCCGACGGCCACUUACCGUCUAUCCCUACGCCAUCACAGUCGUGUCCGUCUUGUGUCUAGGAAUCAUCGGCUGCUUUGACUACACUACCAAGGCACUAGGCUCCCUCCUUAUCUUCUUUGCCUGCCUAGCUACCUUCUCGACUACCGGCGCAUCAGCUAUUGGCUAUGCGUACGCCGCCGAAAUACCCAUGCAGCGCCUGCGAGCCCGCACUGCGGCCUGGUCGCUCGCAUCGUCUAAUCUCAUCGGUAUCAUGUUCAGCUUUUGCACACCGUUGAUGAUCAACCAUGGCACCACUAAAUGGGGCGUCAAGACGGGCUUCUUCUUUGCGGGCACAGGUUUCAUCUCUGUUGUUAUUGCUUGGUUCAUCCUCCCAGAGGUGGCGCGCCGGACACCAGGUGAAAUCGACGAGUUAUUCGAAAGAAAGAUUAACCUCCGGAAAUUUGACAAGUAUGUCACGGACGUUCAGAUUCGUGCAGUUGAGCUACACGGGGAUGAAAAUGCAAUGGCUUAGACGUUAUGGAUGAGUAGGGCAAACCGAGAGGCGUGAUAUAAGGUAUCUUAAGGCAAAGGCAUAUGAAUUAGUUAUACUGGAUAAAUAAUCGUUGUUGUGAAACCUG